AUGCUGGUACUCUUAGAAACCCCGGCGGGGUACGGUCUCUUUAAAAUUACCGACUCGCGCCUGCUCGAGUGCAGUGUGGAAGAUGUCCCCUCGUUUUUCCGUGACGGUGACUCGGCACGCUCAUCGGUCAAGCUGUCUGCAUUUUCGAAGUUCAAGACGACGGAUAAUGCGCUUGAAGAGGCGACUGCCCUUUCCGAGUCCCGUCUGGGCAAGCAGCUGAAGAAGCUGCUGAACAAAAAGGUCAUUGGAGCAAAGGUGGUGGAACCACUUGCUGUUUGUGACAAGCUGCUGGCCGUAGAGAUCCAGAAAAAGCUGAAGAUUGACGUUGUGUACAACCCCUCUACGGUGGAAAUCGCGCGCGGCCUGAAGAGUCAAUUUUUUGAGUUAGUGGCCGGCAUUACUGAGUCUGACUGCAAGUCCAUGGCUCUAAGCCUAUCGCAUUCGCUGGCCCGUUUCAAGUUGAAGUUCUCGCCUGACAAGGUGGACGUCAUGGUGGUUCAGGCCAUAGGGCUGCUCGACGAUCUCGACCGCGAAGCCAACAACUUCGGCAUGCGUUUGAAGGAGUGGUAUGGCUGGCACUUCCCCGAAUUGGCCCACAUUGUGCCCGACAUGGCACUCUACUCACGUGCCGUGCGCCAUAUCGGUAUUCGCGGCUCAACCUCGUUCGACGAUUUGGAGUCCUUCCUGCCGAAGGAUGUGGUUGAUGAGAUAAGGAAGGCGUGCGAGAUAUCCAUGGGUUCGGAGCUUCUCAGUGACGACUUGGAAGCAAUCGUGGAGCUAGCGGAGCGCCUAGAAGAGAUGCUCGGGUACCGUUCGACUCUGGAGGAGUAUUUGCGCGUCCGCAUGCGAGCGCUUGCCCCCAACUUGACCUACAUGGUCGGUGAGGUAAUUGGCGCGCGUUUGUUGUCCCACAGCGGUUCUCUCAUUAAUUUGGCUAAGCAGCCCGCCUCCACGGUUCAGAUAUUGGGAGCGGAGAAGGCGUUGUUCCGCGCAUUGAAAACAAACGCGCCCACUCCGAAGUACGGUAUUAUUUACCAUGCAGGGUUCGUUGGUCAGGCGCAGCCCAAGAACAAGGGUAGAAUAUCUCGCAUCCUUGCGGCGAAGCUAGCGCUUUGCGUGCGCGUAGACGCACUGAAGGAUUCGCAGGAGCCUACGGUUGCUAUCGAAAACAAGCGUUAUCUGGAACAGAAGCUGCUGGAGCUCUCUUCCAAGCCCGAUAUCACUUCCAUCGGUGGGCUAAAGCGUGGCGAAAGGCCUGGGCAGCUGCAGAAGCCCAAGUGGAACGUCUCUAAGCGUUUUAAGGGACCAAACACCGAGUGA